ACUUGCCGGGUGACAAAGGGCUUAACACCAUUGCACCAGCAAAUAGGGUUUAGUUACACCGAGGCAGGCCAGCUCGAGCAGGCAGAGGGGUUUGAGGUUUGCAACCUGAACUUCUCCUCAUCGUGGUCCCUGGAGUCCAGCAGUGAGAAGGAAGUGGCAGGGUGCAGAGCAGAGUUGAACGUCAAGAGCCAGACUGUCUCUCCAGCACUUCAGCGUGGUGGGAAGAUGGGGCAGCGAAGUGGGAAGCGGUGCCCGAACCGCAGUCGUGGGCACCGCAGCAAAUUUGUGAGCCGUAGCAUGGAGACAGUUCUGGUGUCUGGAGAUGAAGGACACCAUCCCACUUGCUCUUUCAAGAGCAGAAGCCUGGAACGCUCACUUAUAUUUAAAGAGCCUCCUGAAGUCCUGACACCGAGGAAGUUCCGUGUCUCCGCUACACACCUGCCUCUCAAAGGGAUCCUGAAGCAGACCAACAUGACUGGCUCAUGCCCUGAGAGCUUAUGCAAGUCCCGCUCAGUAGAGACACUUUGCCAUGGUCGUGGCUCACGCAAAUGCAGUGAUCCUCAGCUCUGCCUCAGCCCUAGGGAGAAGCGCUCCCUGGAGCAAAGCAGCAGCAGGGCCCCUGCCUCUGUCAAGCGCAGGGAGAAGAUCACAGAGGAAAAACUGCAGUUCUCCAAAUUCCUGGAUGAGAUUACCCAGCGGGUGCUGAGUCCCUACCGCUUGCGCUCACUGGGAGAGACCAGGGGAGCAGAACAAGACCAGAACUCUCCCCUUUUCCCCAGAAGCUCCGUGCCAGAAGGCCAAGGGGAAGGUCGCCUAAAAGGGGUCAAAACCAAGCAUGCAACUGAAAGAUCCCCCUGCCCAAGCAGAAGAAAAGCAGAAAAGAAAAGUGAGGGGCUGGGAAUGGCUUCGGGCCAGAGAAAGUAUGCUGAGGAAGCUGAGAGAGUUUCCAGACUAAGAAAGAAACCUGUCCUUGGGAGGAAGGACAGUAAGGGAAAACUCCUUUCCUUGGAGAGAAGGGUAGUAGAUCUGUGUCAGUAUGAGCUGCAGCAGCUGGCAGACUUGGGGCUGGCAGGGACAUCCUCUGGGCAGCAGCAUUCACUGUCUUCAUGGAAAAGCAGUGCAGAGGGCAGAAGGGAUGAAAGCAGUCCCUGUUCACAGCUAUUACAGCCACACCAUCAGUGUGCUAAGCUUGGGCAGAAGCAUACAGUGGAGCCGAACUACCCAGAGAAAGGAUCCUGCUCCACUCCAACAUGCUGGAGUCGGGAGGAGGGGCCUACCCCAUCUAGAUCCUCCCCUUCCUUCAACCUGGCACUAAACAAGGAACCCUUGACGGAUGCAGAAAGGAUGAAGCUGCUGCAGCAUGAGAAUGAGGAGCUUCGUCGACGGCUGACAUACGUGACUAACAAAAUGGAGGCAAUGGAGAGGGAACUGGAGUCAGGUCAGGACUACCUGGAGAUGGAACUGGGCCAAAACCGUGAGGAGCUGGAGAAGUUCAAGGACAAAUUCCGUAGAUUGCAGAACAGCUACACUGCUUCCCAGAGAACCAACCAAGACCUGGAAGAGAAGCUGCAUGCCCUGGCCUCUCUCAGCCAAAGCUGGAUUUUUGCAAUUAAAAAGGCAGAAAUGGACCGCAAGACGCUGGACUGGGAGAUUGUAGAGCUCACUAAUAAAUUGCUUGAUGCCAAAACCACCAUCAAUAAGCUGGAGGAACUCAAUGAACGCUAUCGACAGGACUGUAACCUUGCAGUACAGCUGCUCAAGUGUAACAAGUCUCACUUCAGGAACCACAAGUUUGCUGAUCUUCCCUAUGAGCUGCAGGACAUGGUGAAUAAGCAUUUGCACAGCGCGCAGGAGUCUGCAGGCCCUGGCCAAGAGGCAGCCCACACCUUGGCUCCGUCUGAUGUUGUGCCCACCUCAGUCAUCGCCAGAGUCUUGGAGAAACCAGAAUCUCUGGUUCUGAAUUCAGCCAAGUCUAGCAGUGGCAGCUGUCCCAUGGCUGAGGAUGUCUUUGUGCAUGUGGACAUGAGCGGAGCCCUUCCUGAUGCCUGCAACAGUGCAGGGCAGAUGGGGAAGGAGGGAGGAGAUGCGGGGAAGCAGCAGAAUGGUGGCUGCAAGCCGCAGAGUAGUGUGGAAAGUGUGCCUGAGGAGGUGCCUGCCUUUGAGAAGCUAAGCCCAUACCCUACUCCCUCACCUCCCCAUCCUAUGUACCCGGGGCGCAAAGUGAUUGAGUUCUCUGAGGACAAGGUAAGGAUCCCAAAGAACAGCCCCCUGCCCAACUGUACGUAUGCUACGCGCCAGGCCAUCUCCCUCAGCCUGGUGCAGAGCGAAGAUGAGAGCUGCGACAGGCACCGGACUCUCCCCAGCAGCCCUGCUUCAGAAGGGCACCGUUCAGCCUCCAGCUGCUCCUGUCAGCAGUCCCCCAAAGCAGCCAGGGCUCACGGCUCUUCCCAGAGCAGCCCGUUCAGCAGCCCUCCCCAAAUCCCGAGCGCCUUUGCCAGCUCUGCCAGCUCUGAGGAGGACCUGCUGGCUAACUGGCAGCGUAUGUUUGUGGAUAAGGCACCCCCCACCUCGGAGCGAGUGCUGAUGAACCGCACGGCUUUCAGCCGGGAUACAGCCCCCGAGCUCCAGAAGAGGUUCAGCCGCUCCAUGCAGGAGUUGGGUAGGGCAUCCUCAGCUUACUCGGAUGGUGAGGAGUCUGCACAGAGCUGCAGCUGGACCGUGAGCCGGGACUCAAGCGUGGACACAGACAGCACCGAGUCCAGAGCCCGCAGGAGCCAUUUCUCCUCAGACUAUGGUACAGAUUUCUCCCAGGAUGAAGCCCAGAAGCUGUUGCUUGAAAGCGGGGGAGGCACUGCUGAGCCUGAAAGCCCCUCACCAGAGAAGCACAAGGACUAUGUAGACCUUGGCUUGCCUGAGAGCCCAGGUGAAGAGAGAGAAAUGCUGCUCCAGGGAAACAAGGAGAGCAGCCAAGGAGGUGUCCAAGAGGAAAGUGGAGAAGGCAGGGUCAAGCCUCCUUUCAGUCGGCCGCACCGCAGCCCCAAGAGGAUGGGGGUGCACCACUUACAUCGCAAAGACAGUCUGACACAAGCCCAGGAGCAGGGCAACCUUCUCAGCUGAGGCACAGCAAGAAGCAGCCAUGCUUAGCAGAGCUGUGGGAUGCCCCCAUCAGUCUGCCUGAGGGAGAAGCCUCCCUUAGUACCCUCCUCCCAGGGAAAAUCUGCUCUGAGGUUUUGUAUUUAUUCUCUUCUUUUGCUACCUGGAAGAGCUGGGAUCUCCCUUCCCUGGCACCUCAGACCCUCAGUACAAGCACACACAGUGUGCAGAAGCACACCCACUGCCCCAACACACUUGCAGCUCUCUUCACAGCCUCACAGUGGUGCCUGUACCAGAGCUAGUUCUUGGUACCCCUUGUCCUGGUGCCUGUGCCUCUUUUUGCUCUCAUCCCCCUUCCCACUCAGGUACCUGAGGCCCUGGGUGCUCUCCUGUUGUUUCCCCGCAGAUGCUCUGCUCUCUUUUAACUUGUGCCAACAGGGCAGAGUGCCUGUGUGGUGGUGUCUGAUUCCCUGGGAGCCCCAGCGGCUGUGAGUGGGGCACAAGGACUCUCCCAGCAGAUGGCUGUGUGCCGUGGGGAUGAGCUGGGAUUGCUGGUGUCUCAUUUUGCUCCUGGAUUUUGUUUUCCCCAGCCACCCACUGGACGGGUCUUCAGAAUCUGCCUCUGCGGGUCUCUGUCAUGUGUCUCCAGGGCUGGGCUCGGCACCUGGUCCCCACUGAAGCAAUGCACAGGGGCUGGUGCUGUGGUGUGGGGCAUGGGUGCUGCUUGCUGAGGUGGUUUGGGAAGGCAGUGCCUGCUGGGCUCUGGGGUUUGUAUUUGUGUGUCUCCUCCCUCACACCUCUUCCCCUGUUCUCUGUGCUGUUGUUUUGUUUGAACGGUGCUGAUGCUUUGCUCUUGGGUGGGCUUCUUUCUUCUUUCCAAGCCUUUGGUUUUGGGGUGUAUUGUUUUCUCUUUCCCCCACCCUGCAUAAACAGACACAGCCGUUGGCAGCCAGUCUGAUGCCUGCACUGAGGGUGUGUUGAGGAGUCUCAGCUAUCAGAGCUGCACUUCCCUCUGAUCCUGGCCUCCAGCCUGCAGAAACCCCUCCAGAUUUAAGAACAAGGUUUUGCCCCAGGCAAGCAAGGCGUGAAGGAUGCUACCGGGCUUUUCUGGGAAGGGCUUGGUGCAGGGCCAGCAGGGAUGUGAGGGCAGCAUGCUGAGGAGCUGCUCCCUGCAGAUGCACUACCUCAUGGCUCGGCAGCAGCCCUUCACCAGGGUCUCCUUGCACGCCCCCUUCUCUGGGGGGCUCCAGGCUCUGGUGCCUCUCUGGGGCCUCCCUUCCUGGGUAGGGCUCUAUGUGUGUUUUCCCUAGUGUAGUGUGAUAUUGUGUGACUUUUCUUCGCAGUCUUGUGUGCUCAGUGUCUUAUUGGGGGGGGAGGGAAGGGUAGAGGUCUGUAGCUGUAGGUAUUUUUUGGGGCGCUUACAAAGCCCAGGCCUCCUGUUUUAAUUUUGUCCUGUGCCCUUGUUUGUCUGGUGUUUCUUGGCUUCCAUGGGAGUACAGGGCAGAGAACAGCCCAGUUCCCUUCACCAUACCCCUUCAAACCCUGCCCUCAGCCUGCUGUCUGGUUUUUGAGUUGGGUUUGUGUUGUCCUCCCACCCUACACCAAGCGGGCCCUUCAUUGGGCUGGAGGAGAGCAUCCUUCUCUCCAGGAGGGAGCAUCUGUUCAUAUGCUUACAUCAAGAUUUGCAGCCAAGAGCUGUCUGGGGGGCCUGCUCCCCUCCCCAAACCCCUGUCUCUGUAAAGGGCUUGCAGCUUGUAGCUGGGGCCAGCCAGGGCUUCAGCUUGAGCCUGGAGGCUCCAGGGCCAGUGAAGGGGAGCUGCAGGCCUCUCUGGCAAGUUGUGUAGGUUGUGUUAUGUACCCUGGGCAGAGCUGCUGCCUACACACUCACCUUGUUUCCCACCUGGAACAGUUGUAGAGUUGGGUGCCACCCUCUGGUGGGGAGGUGGGACUCAGUAUUUCACUGCAGUGUUUCACUGUGCAGACAGGCUGAGAGUGGGAGCCUCCUCUGAGCCUGCAGAGUGUUUAUCUCCCCUGUCCCAGAUGAGGAGGGGUGGGGGGAUGUCCUUGUGCUUGUUGCCAUCCGCCACUCCACUGCUGCAUUUCUUUUGUUCUUCUGCAGCACUGCUGAGGGUUUGCAUCUGCAGCAGCUGCCAGAUCCUGCCUCACAGAUGUCACCUGGGCUUGGCUGCUCACUGAGUGAGCUGCUCUGAGGCUGCUGGUGGCUUGCAGUGGGGGAGGCAUUGUGCCCCAGGGCUCAGCCCCAUCUCCCCUGAAUCCUGGCAUGCUGGUCAGUGGACAAAACUUUUGCUGAGGCAGCUGGUGCUGAUGAUGCUGAACAGAGCUGGCUUUGCUCUGCUUUUGGUAAAGGCAGACUGAAAAGCAAAACAGUGAAGUGGAGGGGUGGCAAAGGUAUGUCCACCACCUCACCAGACACUUGUGCUUUGCAGCAUUAGGAUGCUGGCCGAGGUUGAGGGGGACUGGUGGCCUCAAGCAGCAGCAGAGCCCUCUCUUGCCCUGUGGGCAUUGUGUCCUCUGCACUCCUGCCCACCUCCAGCAGUAUUGGCUCUGGGGCCUUGAGCCCAUCUGAGUUCCAGUGUCCCAACUCCAGACUGUUAAUCUGUAACUAAUGUGUUUUUUCUGAGAUUUUCAAACUGAUGUAUAUUUUAAGACCAGAAAUAAACUAUUUUAAAAGUA